AACUUCAAGUGACAUUUCACAGUUAAGGGUUUUAACACACCCCCUAUUCGUCACUGCUCUUUAAGUUAAGCCAUGUCUCCCAACCUAACCACUGGUAUCCUUCUUACUUCACACUUUUCAACGCAAACCCCCAGCUUAACCCUAACCAUUGUUUCUGCUUUCCGGCCCAGUCAAACUCCAACCCAUUCUCCCCAAACUAUUUACAUAUACGAAGAAACAAAAGAUCAAAAGGACAGGCAACCAAUUUGCCUCUGCGACACAUUUUCACUGCAACAAGCUUUGAAAGCUUGGGGUCAGAUUUGGCUGCUAUCAAACUUCGAUUCACAGGAAGACAUUGCUUACCCAAAUGAUCCCAGGCUGCCCCUUAAGGUGGAUAAUGACCUCAAACAGCUGUUUCGGGGAAUUGAACUGCCUCGUGAUAUGAUAGAUAUCGAGAGGGAUCUACAGAAGAACGGGAUGAAACCUGCCACCAACACUGCUCAAAGGAGGGCCCGGUCAGAGGUUCAUGGCAUUUCCUCAAAGCAGAAGUCAAAGAAGAAGAAGCACGAGAUCACCAAGAGGACAAAGCUGACCAAUGCCCAUCUACCAGAGCUUUUCCGGAACCUAGAGAAUAGUAACUCCUGAAGUUCGGACGAGCCGUUGGCGAACCUUGAUGGGAAGAUCAACUGCAGGCUGCGAUAUAGCAAUGCUCCUAUGUCCAUUCGCAUGGGUUAUAUAUGUUUGUAGAUAUAAAGUGUUAUAGGACUGUUAAAUCCAAAUCCAAAUUGAUUCUCUUUCCAGAUUUGCAUACAACUGUCCACUGCUGUACUCGAGCUCUUGUUCCGUCGCUUUGAUAAGCUAAUUUAAAAGCCAAUCUGGUCCAAACUUCUAAUUUGAGAUUGCCCCAAGUAAUCGUAAUUUGUCUGGAAGUUUAGCUUUGCUUUGAAUUUUAUUCGUUUGCCUGGAACUGGAAGAAUGCUGUGGCUCAUGUUUAUGUGAUUUCUUUCAUUUCUAUU